AUGGUUUCACCCAAGGAGUUGAAGAAAGAUUUAACUCAGCACAGGAAACUUGCUAAGGUGGUUGAUGGAAAACCUCAAUUUCACAAACAAACCAAGGAUGAUGAUUAUGGUGACCUGAAUAUGAAUGAAGCUUAUUCUUACAGCCUUCCUCUGCAAUCCCAGGAAAAUGCAGAUGAAGCUCCAGAGUUCCUAGAGCAGGAUGAACCUGACCAGUUGGAGACACAAGUUCAAAAUACAGAGAAUCUCCAUCAGGAAGCUCCAGAUUAUUUCCCACAGGAAGAUGAACCUUUAAUCCAAAAAGAAGACUCAGCUCACCAUCAGCUUCCUUCUGAGGAACCAUCAGUUCAUCCUGAAAUACGUGGUCCACCUCCAAAUAGAAAUGAAGCUCAGCACUCAAACCUGCCAAAUGUGACAGUGAAUCCUGUGGCUUCAGAGGCAGCUAAGGAGGUACAAGCUAUUCUGGGCCAGCAACAGACCCUAGCCCAGUUUCCAGAGAGUUCUGAGUUGUUGGAACCUUCAUCAACCCAACAAGAGGCCCCAGCUGAGAUUUUAGAGCUUCCUGAGAACCUUGGAAAUUCUGGUAGCCAGCUAAAAGCUCCAGCUCUGCCUACAAAGCUUCCCGAAGAAACCAGUCCUCUAGUUGAGCAAGAGGGUACAGUUCCAGUUCCAGAAUCCUCUAUGCAGAGUAUAACUGAAACUGUAGUGACCACAAUUCAAAACCCUAGUCAGGCUCAAUUUCUCCAUUAUACUUCGCCCAUGAUUACAGGUAAGCCUGCAGAUAUGGAACCUAAAAUAACUUCUGAGCCUAGAACAGAGAAUGAGUCAUCUCCAUAUGAGGAGGAGACUCCAACUCAGACUCCCGGUCCUCUUGUUGAAACUGAACAUUUCCCCAGCCAGCAGCAGCAGCCAACUGAACCUUCUGAGUAUUCUGAGGAGGCUGAAUCUUCUGGAGUUGAUUUGGAGUCUCCAGUUCAGCCUCAAGAGGAAGCAGAGGAGUUAGGACCUUUACCAAUGCAGCAGGAAGAUUUAUCUCAACAUCUAGGUCCUAUUCUGGAGGAUGACUCUAAUCUCAGUGAACUAGAGCAACCAGGUCAACUUUCUGAGUCUCCUGAGGAGGUAGAAUUGGGUUCUGGAAACCAGCCAGAAGCCUCAGUUCAACCUGCAGAGCUCCCUCCAGUUGAACAAGAGGCUCCACUUCAAACUCCAGAGUCCCCUAUUGAGAAUGUGGUUGAAACUCCACCAAUUCACAAAGUCCAGCCAGAUCGAAAUGAAGAGCACCAUUAUUACUUACCACAAGUUACAGUGAGACCCGUGGAUGUGGCACUUACCAUAACUUCAGAACCUACCAAGGAGACUGAAUCUUCUCUGACACAGCAGGUGUCCCCAGUGCAUCCUUUGGAGUAUACUGAGCAGAUGGAACCCUUUCUCCAUGAGGAGAAGCCACCAGCUCAGGCUUCUGGGCCUUCUGGAGAGAGUCAAUAUCAAAGCCAGCUGGAGGUACCAGCUCAAGCCUUAGAGUAUGCUGAAGAGUUUAAACCUUCUGCAACUGAGCAGGAACAAGCAGCUCAGUCUCCAGAGCAUCAUGAAGCGACCGUUUUGCCUCCAGGUCACUAUCAAGCUCAGCAUUCUAGCCUGUCUUAUGUGACUGGUCAACCUCCAGAUCUGGAGAUUAAAGUAACAGAGAAUCCUGUAGCUGCGAUGGGAACUGUGUACCAUGAGGCUACAGCAUCUGAAGAGGUUGAACUGUCAACACAACAGGGUGUUUUAUAUCAGUCCCCAGAACCUAUUCUGCAUCAUAAACCUCUAAGCCAGCAAGAAGACACAACUGGAAUAUCACAGAUCUCUGAAGAAGGAAAACCCUUUCCAGCACAACAGGAGACUUCAGAACAGACGCUAGAGCUGCCCGAUGAAGAACUUCCAGGUUACCAUGGGGUAACAGUUUCAUCCCUGGAUCAUGGUCAAGUUUAUUUUUCAGCAUCACACAAUAUCCCAAUUGAUCAACAAACCAACUCAAAACAGGAUUAUCAUUCUCCAGUUGGUCAAGGAGUCCCAAUCCAACCAGAAGAAUUUUCUGAGGAACCAUAUCCAAGUCAACAGGGGAGCUCAACUUGGCCUUCAAUAACAGAUAGGUUUUUCUCAUCUGCAGAUCUAGAGACAACAUUCAGAACUGAACUUCCAAAGUCAUAUAAAACCACUGUUAAAUAUGUGGACCUAGAACUUACCAUAACCCCAGAACCUUCUCUGAAGGAUGGAUCAGUUCCAUUUCCACAAGAAGACUUACGUCAGCCUAUAGACUCCAGUGAGAAAGGUAAAUUUUCACAGAUUCAGACUAAUGCCCUUUCAAAGCGUCCAUAUUUCUCCAAAACUGAAUCUCUAGGCUUCCAGGAGGCCAUAGCUCAGACAACACACCACUUUAAAGAGGUACAGUUUUAUUCAACUCAACAAGAAGACUCAGAACUGCCUCCAGGUCACAUUAUGGGAGUAAGACCUUCUUUACAUCAGCAAACAACCCUAUCUCAUCCCAUAGACCUCCAUGAGAAUACGAAACCAUUUCUGGCGCUGAAGCCCACUGCAGCUCAGACUUUAAAACUCCGUAGAAAAGGAAAAUUUUCUCUAACCCAUAAAGUGAUUCCACACCCUCCAAAGCCACUGAAAAAUAUUGUAACUCACAUUCCAGCACAAAAGAUGACUGUUCCAAGGCCAGAUCAGGAUCAAGUUGAGUAUACACUAUCACCUAAUGGUUUAUUUCAGCCUUUGGACCUAGGAGUUACUGUAACCCCAGGAGAGCCUCAGUAUCCUACAGUUCCAAAGCACCCUCAGCUUCCAAAUCCAAAUGAAGCCACAGUUCAGCCCUUGGAUCUGGAACUCACAAUAACUUCAGAGCCUACCAGAGAGCCUCAGGAUCCAAACCUAACUGAAGUCACAGUUCAGCCUUUGGAUCUGGAACUUACCAUAACUCCUCAAACUACUGCUGAUGGAGAACUUUCUCAAACUAUUCCAGAGACCACAAGUAUAAUUACAGAACCACCUAAGGAGGUUGUAGCUAAAGAGCAGGAAUAUCAAGAGGCGACAGUUCCAACACAAACUCAGCAUGAAAUUGUUCCUUCAUCUCAACCUUUGGAUCUGGAACUCACCAUAACUUCAGAGCCUACCAGAGAGCCUCAGCAUCCUACAGUUCCACAGCAUCCUCAACAUCCAAACCCAACUGAAGCCACAGUUCAGCCUUUGGAUCUGGAACUCACCGUAACUCAUAAAACUACUGCUGAGGGAGAACAUUCUCAAACUAUUCCAGAGACCACAAGUCCAAUUACAGAACCACCUCCAGCCCCAGUAUAUCAGGAGAUGAAAGUUCCAACACCAGGUCAGGAUCAAAUUGAGUAUCCAACAACACAUGUUGUAUCAUUUCAGCCUUUGGAUCUGGAACUCACCAUAACUUCAGAGCCUACAAGAGAGGCUAAACAUCCUACAACUCCAAAGCACCCUCUGGUGAUAUAUCCAGAACGUAUUCACUCUCAACAUCCAAACCCAACUGAAGCCACAGCUGAACCUUUGGAUUUGGAACUUACCAUAGCUCCACAGCUUACUACUGAGGGAGAAUUUUCUCAGAGCAUUCAAGAGACCACAACCCAGAUUACAGAACCACCUAAAGAGGCUGUAGCUCUAACCCCAAUAUAUCAGGAGGUGACUGUUCCAAUACCAACUCAGGAUCAAAUUGUUGUAUCAUUUAGGCCUUUGAAUCUAGAACUCACCACAAGUUCAGAGCCUACUAGAGAGCCUCACCAUCCUACAACUCCAAGGGAGACUACAGUUCUUCCUCCAGAGUACCCUCUGGUGAUAUAUCCAGAGCCUGUUUACAGUAAGCACACAACUCAGAUACCUGAAGUCACCGUUCAGCAUUUGGAUCUAGAACUUACUGUAACUUAUCAACCUAUUAAUGAGGGAGAACUUUCACAAAGUAUGCAGGAGAGCACAACUCAGAUUACAGCACCACCUAAAGAGGGUGUAGUUCAAGAGGUGACAGUUCCAAUACCAAUUCAGGGUCAAGCUGAGAAUCCAGCACCACCCAGGAUCUCAUCUCAGCCAUCUCAGCCUUCUCAGCCUCCUACAGGAACUUACUUUUGUCCAACUCCACAGCAGACUAGAGUUCACCAUUCAGAUCACAGUGUGAUCCUGAACCCAGAAGUUUUCGUUCCUCGUACAAGAACUCCAACUAAAACCGUAGUUAACCUUGAUCAUAACUCAUCUACUCUAGAAAACAGUCCUGAAAAUUUGCAGAGUACCACUGCUGAAGUUAGAAAACCACCUAAUGAGUUUGUAGUUCAAACUCGAGGAUAUGAGGAGGGCAUGGUUCAAGGUCUAAUUCAGAGUAAAGCCGAGUAUCUAACAAAACCAUAUCAUCCCUUAGACAUGGAACACACUGUAACUGCAGAGCCUACUAAAGAGGCUCAUCAUCCCACAGCUCUCAGUGAGACUACAGAUCGUCCAGUGCAUUCUCAAGUGACACCUCUAGAACAGGUUCACAUUCAGCAUCCAAACACAACUGAAAUCACGGUUCAUCCUUCAGAUUUGGAAGUUACCAUAACUCAUCAACCUACUACUGAGGGAGGACUCUUUGAACCUAUGCAAAAGACCUUCUCUCAGCCUCCACAGCCGCAUGAGGGGCUUGUUACCAAAGCUCCAGUGUUCCAUGAUAGUAAAGCUGCAAUGCCAGGUUAUCAAACUCAGCAUACAGUGUCACCUGAGGUCCAAGUUUACCAUCUUGAUGUAGAACAUGCUUUAACUGAACUAUCUAAGAUAGAGAGUGAACCUUUGGAAGCCCCAGGGAAUGUUACUACCCUUCCUCUAAAUAACCCUGAAGAGGUACUCCCACUUGAUGAGAAGAUUCAGGUUCAAAAUUCAAACCUACCUCAAGUCACAGCUCAGUAUUUACACUCAGAAUUUUCAAUAACUCGACAACCUAAUACAACGGUUAAACGUUCUGCCCCUAUGAAGGACUCCCCAGCUCACACUUCUGAGAUACCUAUGGAGACUGAGGCUCAAUUUCUAGAACAUUAUGAGUCAAUAGCUCUAACUUUAGUUCAUGUUGAAGUUCAGCGUUCAGAUUCAUCAACUAUAGAGACUAAACCUUCUGAAGUCCUAGAGACUGCAGCUGCUUCUACAGAGGCUGCACAGUAUGGAGUCUCAACAACUACAGCUGUUUCUCCAGAAGCUGCACAUUCUACAGUCCCAACAACUACAGCUCCUACUAAUUCCACUACAGAAAGAGAUUUAACUAUGGAACAAAAUGCCUACAUGUACGUCAACGUAUGUGAGUUCUGCUUGUGUGAAAAUGAGACACUAUCGUGUAUUCAUCUCAGCCCAGAGCGGAGACUCCACCAAGUGCCUGUGCCAAAGCCCGACUCCUACAACAACACUUUUGCUAACUUGAAUUUCCAAGGAAAUUCUAUUUCUUACAUUGACAAAAAUGUAUGGAGAGCAUACCGUUGGGCUGAAAAACUAAAUCUCAGUGAAAAUCACCUGACUGAAUUACAUAAGGAUUCAUUUGAAGGCCUGCUAUCCCUCCAGAUUUUGGAUUUAUCCUGCAAUAAAAUACGCUAUAUUGAAAGAGGGACAUUUGAAUCAUUACCUUUUUUGAAGUAUAUAAACCUUGGAUGCAAUCUACUCACUGAACUGAGCUAUGGAACAUUUCAAGCAUGGCAUAGAAUGCAGUUUCUACAGAAGCUGAUUCUUAACCGUAAUCCUCUCACAAUUGUUGAAGAUCCCUACUUUUUUAAAUUGCCAGCAUUAAAAUAUCUAGACCUGGGGACAACACAAGUACAACUGACAAUGCUUGGGAACAUUCUCAUGAUGACCCUGCAACUGGAACAUCUAAUCUUACCUAGACAUAUGGCCUGCUGCCUCUGCAAAUAUAAAACUGAUAUUGAGGUUGUCUGCAAGACAGUCAAACUGCAUUGCCAUACUGGAUGUCUGACAAACACCACACAUUGUCUUGAGGAGGCAUCUAUAGGGAACCCAGAAGGGGCAUUCAUGAAGGUGUUGCAGACCCGGAAGGAGAAUAACAGCACUGAACUCAUUAUUGAACCAGAGACAGGCUAUUCAGACCAAGAAAAUGCCAAGUACUCCAGCUCCAUGGAAGAAGAUAUCGACUUUAAUGAUGAAAAUGAUGUUAUGAGUGCCCUGAAUUACAUACUGCCAUAUUUCUCUGAGGGAAAUCUGGAAGAUGUAGUAUCAACAAUGUUACCAUACAUUAAACUGCUGUUUUCUCAUGACCAAGAUUCAGAGAGUUCCUUGGGAUCUUUGCAGAAUGAUACACAAAGUCUUUUUCCUACAAAUGAAUCCGAAUCUGGUAACUUCACUAACAAAAAUAAAUUGAAUGAACUUUAUUUUCUGGAAAAGUUAUUAGAUGAAGAAAUUGAUGAGGUUAAAAAGGAAGAGGAAACUAUACUACAUAAGGAGAAGUCUAAUAAUUCAGGUAAAAAAUUUAAACAACAAAUAUUUGGACAGAGUUGGGCACCUGCCCAGGCAGAGGAAAACAGUCUUGCAGAGAUUGAGAAGGCAGAGAAAAGACUCCACAGCCUGAACCGAGUGCUCAAGAGGACAGGAAGCAUACAGAAAAGGCACUUUAAGGGAGUGAGUGACAAGAGCCUGUGGAAUAAGCAGAGUGUCCAGACACCUGUGGAGAGUAUUGCCAAAGACAGGCAGCUCGGGAGCCCACCCACAGCAGAGUUGCAGCAGCUCAGUCUGGUUCAGAAGCCCAGGAUGUCAGUGGGAAAUUCCUUCCACCCAGAGCCCUUGCUCCCAAAGGAGCAUGGGGAGGCAGUGUCUUCUUCCACAGAACAGUCACUGGUGGACAAGACUCCCACUACAAAAUCACUGCCUGCGUUCAUAGACAGACGAAAAGACUUGUCUUACACCAUUUUUGUUUUAGAAAGUGCAAAUGCCAAUGUGAAAAGAAUGAAGGGGUCUAGCCCUAGUUUACUAUCUGAAAAGAGACAUAGAAACCUUAGGAAGAAAAACUAUCAUUUCCGGUUGAUUGCAAAGAGUCCAGCAUCCUCUGCAGUGAGGAGCCUGGUAAAUUCCCCUGCAGGAGGGGUCUUUUCAUCUUUAGGAGACCUGAGUUAUGCAGAAAAGCCUUUUGCACAAUUAGAUGCUGCCUUAGAACUUCUUUCCAAAAAACCUCUGGCUGCAUCUGAUAUUGAUGAUAUUCAAGAACACAUCUUUGAACCAACCACCCCUAUGUCUGAAGAACCUAUAUCAGAAAAUAUAUUCCCUGAAAUGACUGCUGUAGAGUCUUUUGGGCCUACAUACGAUUUAAUUCCAACAGGUAUCACUGUGCCUGAAGAAACUGCAUCAGAAAUUAUACCCUCUGAGAAUCCUAUUGUAAAGUCUCAUGUGCCUACCUCCGAUUUAAUUCCAACAGACAUCACUGUGCCUGAAGAAGCUGCAUCAGAAAUUAUACCCUCUGAGAAUCCUAUUGUAGAGUCUAAUGUGCCUGCAUCUGGUUCAAUUACAACUCUUCAGCAAGCCAGCAAGCCACAGUUAGACUUCAUCUUGGGGCCUGACUCCCAUGAAUUUGCUUACUCGUUGCUGAUGUCACCAGGUGAACGCUUUGAAUCUCAGCUAAACCAGCAGCUGCGGCCCCUCAUCCCCAACAACAACGUGAGAAGGCUUAUUUCUCACGUUAUCAGGACUUUGAAGAUGGACUGCUCUGAUCCCAGUGUGCAACUGUCCUGUGCCAAGCUCAUCUCCAGAACCGGCCUCCUGAUGAAGCUUCUCAGUGAGCAACAAGAAUUCAAGUUGUCCAGGGCCGACUGGGAUACGGACCAGUGGAAAACUGAGAACUACAUCAAUGAGAGCCCAGAAACCCAAGGUGGACAGAAGGGUCUGGAACCAAGUCAGCGCACAAAAGAAGUUCCGGGAUACAGCUACAACAACAAAGUCAUCUUGGCAAUAUCUGUAACUGUAGUAUUGACAGUGUUGAUUAUCAUUUUCUGUCUCGUUGAGGUAAGGACAACGAUACAUUCCUGUGUCCAGCAUGUGCCCGGUCUGUGUCAUAGGUUUAGAGGCCACGAACUGAAAACCUGA